CGGGAUCUCCCAGGAUGCAGCGCGCGGGCGGGAGGUUUGGAGCCGAGGGACCCCGCGCCCGCGUAGGGAGUCGGGAAAGUGGCGGCUCUGGGACGCAGGGCCUCGCGCAGUGAGGUUUAAAAGCAUCAACUGGAAUCCAUUUGCAUUCGAAAAUUGGACCAACACAAAGAUUUGAUAUUGUGGAAUGUCUAGCAAACAAGCCGUGUCAUCUAAGGAACAAGAAAUGCUUUUGUGUUAUAAUGGGGAAGUCCUUAUUUUUCAGCUGUCUCAGGGACAUUUUGCAGGUAAAGGGCCUGCAAAAACACCUGUAUUACAUGUCAGGAGAAUGGUGUUUGACAGAAGAACAAGAGCAUUUGUUCAGAAGUCCACUGGAUCCUUUAUGUUAAAGGAAGAAAACUCUGAUUUAAAAAUUAUGUGUUGCAACUGUGUGUCCGAUUUCAGAACUGGAAUUAAUCUCCCUUAUAUCAUGAUACAAUGCAAUAAAAACAAUAACAUCUUCACAUAUUUUCUUCUAUUUCUUCACAGUACCAAUAAAUUUGAAAAGCGUUUGAGCUUUAGACUAAGCCAUGAGUUGAAGGAUGGUGUAAGGGUCCUUAAUGGUCCAUUAGUUUUAUGGAGACAUGUCAAAACGUUCUACUCUAUCUCUUCCCAAACAGGCAAAGUUAUUACUGUGUCUCUUAAUUUUUCCUCUGUUGAGUGGGCAGGGGAGAUUGAAAAUCUAGGUAUGGUUUUAUUAGGACCGAAGACAUGUUUUUUAUCUGAAGAAGGAUCCACUCAAAAGCUUUCAAAAUCAGAUUAUGCAAUUUGGAAUACCAAAUUUUGUGUAUACUCCCUUGAAAAUGAAGAAGUAGUAAGUGAUGCAUACAUUAUCCCUCCUGCUUAUACCAGUGUAAUAACUUAUGUGCAUGUCUGUGCAACUGAGAUUGUCAACAAUCAGUUAAGAAUGUCUCUGAUUGCCCUUACUCGAAAGAAUCAGCUGAUUUUAUUUCAAAAUGGGACUCCUAAAAGCGUGUGCCAGCUUCCAUUUGGAGAUCCUUGUGCAGUUCAACUUAUGGAUUCAGGCAGAGGAGACUUUUUCAUCGUAUCCUUUAGGUCUGGUGAUGCUUGUGCCGUUUGGAAAAAGAACUUUCAGGUUGCUGCUAAGUGGGAAAAAAUUAGAUCAGUACUGAUAGAUGACUUUAUAGGAACUGGAAGUGAACAAGUACUGCUACUUUUUCAAGAGUCCUUGAAUUCAGAUUGCCUGAGUUCAUUUACAAUAACAGAUCUUGGCUACGUGAACUAUUCAAACAAAACAUUGGAUUGCAAUGAAGAUGAGUCAUUUGAAGACAAAGAACGGAAUCGUUAUAUGAUGGUUCCACCUCUGGAAAGAGGAUUGAAAGUUGGUUUCACUUGUAUUCAGGAAUUGCAGCAGCAUCUCUUGCUUAAGGAAAAAAUUAUUUCAAAAUCUUACAAAAGUUUAAUAAACCUGGUUCAAGGGAAAGAUGAUAGUACAUCAAGUGCAGAGAAGGCACAUCUUUUUACUCUUUGUGGUCAAGAAGAAAAUCCUGUCUGUACCUUUGAUGAAAAGAUACCAGACAAUUUUCAAGAUUCAGAACAGCUAGUAGAGAAGAUAUGGUAUCGUGUAAUAGAUGACAGCUUAGUUGUUGGAGUGAAUACCCCAUCUUUGAAGCUGUCCCUGAAUCAUGUGGCUUUAUCACUGUUAUUGGAUCAAGCUCAUAGCUUCAGCUGUCGGCUUAUUAAGUGUCAAAAUAGGGUGAUCAAAUUGAGUAGGGAUUUUUUCCCAGUACCAUGCUCACUGCCAUGUGAAACAGGAUCACAUGCAAAAAGGAUCAAGUUGACUGUUGACAGUGAGGAGGAAGAGGGAGAGGAAGAGGAAAAGGAAGAGGAAAGCUUUGUUUGUGAACAGUCAUCUGAGAAAGAGUGUGUACAGGUCAUUACUGCUGUAACAUCUCUUUCACCACUUUUAGUGUUCGGUAGUUUUUGUUGUACUGUGCUGCUACAAAUUAGGGAGAGGGAAAACGGUAACUCUUCUGAAGCUCGUUACAUUCAGUGUGGCAGACUUUUUUUAAGCCUAGAAGACCUUUCAAGUAGGCAAUACCUGCUGAUAUUUCCAAAGAAGAAACCUAUAGAACACAUGGAAGAUCUGUUUGCACUUCUCACAGUGUUUAAAAAAACUUGUUUUCAAAUCACAUCAUCCAACUAUUCUCUGAAUUCAAUGAAGACGUGGCUCCAGGAAUACAUGAAAUGUGAAGAUAUCAAAGAAUUUCCAGAAAUUUGCUUUUGCAAGAUGCCAGGGAGUUUCUAUGGGACACUCUUCCAGUGGAAACAAAAAACACCAUUUGAAGGGAUUUUAAUCAUCUAUUCCAGGAAUCAAACAGUUUUGUUCCAGUGCCUUCAUAAUCUCAUCAGAGCUCUCCCUAUAAACUGUUUCUUCAAAAAUCUAAAAUUUGGAAGUGUCGAUUUCCUAAUUAAUCACUUGGCGUUAACUUUGGAGAAGGAAUUGGUUACCCAUCGUUCUCUUUCUUCUGCCUUAGUUAAGGUUGAAAACAACUUGGUGCAAAGUUGUGAAGCAAGCAAAGAAAAGAGUAGUGGUGUGGCGGCUUUAUCAGACAGAGAGGAAAACGUCCAUCCCUACAGAAAAGAACUACAGAGAGAAAAGAAGCGAACGUUGGGGACAGACCUAAAAGUGAGUGGUGCCCUUUAUAGAGAAAUGACUUUGAAGUUAGCUGAGGUUCAGCUGAGAUCAGACCUUGCUGCACAGAAACUGGCUGGUUUAUAAUUAUAGUCUUAAUUUGAUUAUAUUUUAAAAUAUGUUUUCUCUAUCAGGACAUUUUGGUUCCAAAUUUGUUUUCAUUUUACAUUAUAUGCCUCCUCUGCAAAAAUAAAGAUUGAGGCCUGUAGAAUUGUAGGUACUGAUGCAAGAAAUAGCAUGCCUCAGUGCAGCAGUUCUCAACUGGGGCCAUUUUGCUUUCUUCUUUCCACUCUCCCUACCCAGGGGCAUUUGGCGGGAUCUGGAGACAUUUGUUUUGGGUCGUGAGAAGUAAUUGGGGGUAGGGAGGGUGAGGUUGGGGUGCUAUUCGCAUCUAGUAGUUGGAGACCAGGGAUGCUGCUAAAUAUUCUACUGGGCCCUGGGAAGCUCCCAGAGCAAAGAAGGAUCCUACCCAAAAUGCCAGUAAUGCCAAGGUUGAGAAGUCCUGCCUUAGAGUUACCACUUGAGUGAAGGCAGAAGUGAUCUAACAGUACUUUGGUCUAAAUCUUCAAACAACUUAAAUAGUCCUUUUAUUGUGUCCUGUUUAGUAAAAACCUAGCAUAUAAAAAUUAGCUUCAAACAGAUAAACAAGGUUAGAAGGAUUCACAAGUUUCUGUAAACACCAAGCUCCUGUGGAAAUUGAAAUUGCAGAGUGGGUGAGACCGUUAAAAUGAAAAUCUUUGAACCCCUUGGUAACUUAAAUUUUGUUAGAGAGCUUCUCUGAAAUUGUGUAAGUCUAUAGGAAUAUGAAAGUUUUAGGGCAUUUCUCUGAAAAGCACAUUUCUUUCAAAAAGCUAAGCAUACCACAUGGGCCGCUAUUUGAAAAAAAAUGAAAAUGCCUUUAAGCCAUUUGUAAUUUCAACUCUGGGCAAAGCUAAAAUAUAGAAUUCUAACUAAAAUAACUUAAAGAAUCUGAUGCUCCUUAGAGACUGAGAAAUUUAAAAAUAAGUGGAAAUUCACUUAACAGUUAAAAAGUGAUUGUUAAGGGGUCCAGUGAAAUAUUUCAAAGGGGUAAAAAUGUAACCUAUUCUUUUUUUUGAAAAAUAAGAAUGCUGGAGUUAUAAGAGGGUAUCAGUAGAGGGGAAGACACAAAAGGAUAGGUCCAAGAGGAAUGUUUCUGAUUAUUUUUGCUCUAAAAUCCUUAAGUGAGAUGGAAGUUUUGAUCUGAGUUGAAAGAAACAGAUAAUUAUAGAAAGUGGCAUUUCAUGCUCACAGCUCUGAAGUGCUGAUUCCCGCCAUGCCUUCAAAAUGCUCAUACUUAAUGAUCUGGUGUUGCAGAUGGGGUUUAGGAAAUAUAGGUUAUUAUUUUCCUGUCUUGCUUUUUAUGAUUGUCUUUAUAAUAUGCUACCUCUUGUUUUAGUAGUCCAUUAUAGAUGGAGAUAGAACCUUAUAGCUCUAGUUCUUUGAAACGUCAACAGAAAAGAUUUCAGACUUUCUGGAAAUGGUAUAAUUUCAGGAUUAAUUAUGGAGAUCUGGAAGCAGUAUGUGUCAGUAGGUACAUUGAAACCACCUGUGACAUAUUCUGAAACAACAACCAUGUAUGAAAUAUAGGAACUAAAUUGAAAAAUGGAGGUUGUCAAAAAGUACACAAAACUUAAUUGUAAUAGUUUAUCUGUAGGAAAGUUAGGAUAACACAAAAAAGUAUGUUGCUGAUUUUUUAUCUAUAAAAGCAACCAAAAAGUAGUCAUCUAUAUACAGCAAAUAACCUCUUUGCAAGUGAGUUUUGUACUCCGGUAUAUUUUUCCUGUUUACUACCAACAAGAACAGCCAAAGUUUGAGGGAAUGUUGCCCUUGCCACUCUCUCGUGAUUCAGUAGUGUUUGCGCGUACCCGUAGGCACAUUCCUCUGACCACUGUCCUCAUCGUGAUUCUGAGUUUCCCCUCAAAAACAUGCUUCUCCCAAAUCCACACUCAAGUGAAAAUGAGUUGUUUUAGAACAAGAGCACAUCACAGUUUUCGGACACAAAACUUUCUGUUGUCCCCCUGAUCUCUUAACUAAGGAAUGCAUGCAAGCCAGCUUAGGUAUGAUGUUAUUCUGUUCGGUGAGUAGGUCGAGGGUGGAGGAAGAAAUGUAACAUUUAUUAAUUUCAACUAUAUGCCAGACAGUAGUAAGCUUGAGACACACAUACAUGCAAAUGUCCAUACCCAUACAUACGUAUGGCUCCACCCGUACAGCAGCCCAUAAAGUGUAAUUACUAGUAUUGUCUCCAGUAUGAACAAAAUGUUAGACCAAAUUAAGAGGGUUCACGCAAGCAAGUUAAUGCUAUAUACCCUUGUUAUAAAGAUUUUCAAAAUGAGCAGAUCCUUUUAGAAUUCUAAAACUAUAUAAGUGAAUCUUUUAUUGUCCUGAUAACAUCUCUUUAUACUAUAUAUACUCAGUUUUCACAGAUUUAAAAGAGAUCUAAUGAACUUACUUCUCUUCCUGCUCUUUCUGAUAAAGGCAGAGUCAGCUGUCCAGAUUAGGAACCUAUGUGAUGCUUUCUCUCUUGCCUAAAACUUGGACAGUUCCAAAUAUUGAGAGGUAUCCUUUCUCUUCCUUAUAUUCAAACUUGCGGAACAUUAUUUUCCAUUCUAAGAAUUUGAGAGUGAAAACUAUUCCUUAGGUAACCCCAUCUGGACAAAGUUAGGCUUCUGCUUCCAGAGCCAGUAUGGUGUAACAGAAAGAAUGCUGAUCCAGAAACUGUAUUUAAUUGAAUCCUUUGGUUCGUUCUGUUUUCCCUUUUUGAGUUGCCUGGAUCUGUUACUUGAGUUGCUUUCUGCCUCAGCAAAAUAACCCUCUCCUAUAAAAUCCUGCCAUGUUGAAUAUCUUCACUGUGCCAUUGGUCCGGCCCCUUUCUGGGAUCUUCUUUCAAUAAUCCUGACUUGCCUUUUUAUUGAGUAGGGUAACAGGCAUUAUCAGACAGUGAGUGGUCAUAAGGGCAGAAAGUCAGAAACCUACUCUGCCCUCACUGGCCCCAUUUUUUGUGCAUAAUCAAAACCAAUGUAAUGGUCCUGAGUUCUGCUAGGCAAAUUAUUUAGCAUCUGAGCUUUUUUUUUUUUAAAAGAUUUUAUUUUUAUUUAUUUAUUUGAUAGAGAGAGAUCACAAGUAGGCAGAGAGGCAGGCAAAGAGGGAGAGGAGGAAGUAGGCUCUCUGCCAAGCAGAGACUCAAUCCCAGGAUCCUGAGAUCAUGACCUGAGCCGAAGGCAGAGGCUUAACCCACUGAGCCACCCAGCGCCCCUAGCAUCUUAAGCUUUAUCUUUAGUUAUCCAAGUCCUCACAGCAGCUGUCACUUACCGCAGAAGUACAAGCGGUGUUACGGGCCGGUAAAUCAUGCCAUUAGUAACCAGCUAGAACAUUUAGCACUAGAUGUCCAGUCAGUCAGUCAGGAAUGGGAAGGAAGUGUAAGGUGCACUGUUGAUUGCCUUUUCCACAUUGAUUUCUUCCUUUUCUUGUAUCGGAACUCUCAUUUUGUGCAAGAAACUUCUUUCUACAGCUCAUCUGACUGGGAAAGUAGACCCUACCCCCAGUUGCAGAGGUUAGUCCUGAAGAGUAUAAGCCAGUUAAUGUAAGAUAUUUGCCUGGCAACUGUGACUGCUCUGGGGUGAGCUCAAGACCUAAAUUAGGCCUAAUUGAACUGAGGGCCUAAAACAAUUUGGGUUUUGGGAGAGGAAGCAGCUUUUCAGUCCUGUGGGGAAGUGGGUGGCCCUAAUUUAAAAAUCACAGGAAAUUAGGCUUAGAAUUAAUCUGAUAUUACAGCCUGCAAAAUUGUUUUAUUGUGCUGCUGAAUCAAACCUAAAUCCCACCCUUUCCUGGGACCACUUAUUACUUCAGAAAAAAAAAAUCCCCUCUAACACAAAUCAAGGUUUUGGUUAACUGCACUUGAAAACAUUUCUCGCUGCUAGACAUGGGGAAAAGAAUGCCAGAGAACAGAAUUGACUGUUGGACCUGUGGACUCCCAGGACAGGAACAGGUUACUGCAGCAACAGGAUGCUUGGGCUUGCUGAAAGAAGAGUGGGAAAGAGCUUCCUAUUCCUUUCCUUUCUGGGCAGUGGCUCCCUGGCCUUCCUUUUCGAUUUUUUUUAGUUUAACUCAUUUUGGUCUGUACCUGAUAGUAGUUUAUAUCUGAGAUAGGCUUUAAUUUUUUUUUAUUAAAUUGAUUUAUUUACUUUCAGAAAAACAGUAUUCACUAUUUUUUUCACCACACCCAGUGCUCCAUGCAAUCCGUGCCCUCUCUAAUACCCACCACCUGGUACCCCAACCUCCCACCCCCCGCCCCUUCAAACCUCUCAGAUUGUUUUUCAGAGUCCAUAGUCUCUCGUGAUUCAUCUCCCCUUCCAAUCUCCCCCAACUCCCUUCUCCUCUCUAACUCCCCUUGUUCUCCAUGAUAUUUGUUAUGCUCCACAAAUAAGUGAAACCAUAUGAUAACCGACUCUCUCUCUGCUUUACUUAUUUCACUCAGAUAGGCUUUAAUUUUUAAAAAAUUGUUUAUCUUUUCUCUCUUCCUUAGCUGAGCUUCCCUCUGGUAUUACACCAGGCCACUUGCUCAAUGAUGCCUUCCUCAGUGGAUUAGAGAUUUGUGUCAGAUUAUUUAACCUUUGUUCAUGUUUCCUGUUUUAUUUUAAUCAAAUUUUGCUUUUUAUUUUUAAUUUGUAGAAAACUUUUAAUUGAACUGUAGUGGACAAGAAGGUAAGAUUAUACAUGUAAGGACCAUAUCUAGUGUGUUUAUAAUCCUAGCUGUAUCCUCUCCAGUAGGAAGAGAAUAGUCUUCAUCAAUUUUGACUUUCUAAGAGUCUUUGUGCUAGGAAAAACAGAUUUGAUAUGAUAGGACUGUUUUGGAAACAGAGUAGUACUACUAUACCAAAUAGAUGCACAGCAUUACUAAUUUAGAGCUUGUACCUUUUUCAAAGGUAACAAAUAAAUGUACUAGAACAUGAACAGUUGCCUUUUAACAUAUGCUAAGGAACAGAAGAUAACCCUUUCUAACAUCAUUCAUUUCAACCUCAUAACAACAACAACAAAACCAUGUGAAUUUUUAGUGUAGUUUUUGUAAGCCCAAUGAAAUGUUUUAAGGUUUAGAAUUACUACGUAAUUUAUUUAUGCCAAGUGCAAUAAUAAAAUCCUCUUAUCAGUUAUCCCAACAGGAAACAAAUAUGCUCUCACACUUGAAAGAUUCUGGUAAAUGUGUAAAAUCUUUGGGAGUUGGGGCAGGCAAUAGUACCUGAAGGGAGCCAGGACCAAAUGUAUUCUUGAUAAUCUGCAAAAUUCUCAGAGAAAGUGAACAGGUAGUACAUGUGUCGAGCCAGAAUAGGGGAGGUGGGGUUUGGUGUGCAGAUGGUCUGGUGUUUCCUAUAGCUGGUGUCACCUGGAAGGGAAAAGAAUUAGCCUGCAACUAUAAAUAGUAGGAAAAAUAAUUCUAACUUAUAUGGUUUAUAAAGUCAGUUUGUAAUAGAACAGUGCCAUGUCCUCUGACAGUUUUAUAUGAACAAAACACAACUAUUGUUAAAAAAAAGAUUUGAAGAUCACAUUGAAAUUAUCUCUGAGGAAGAAAAGAUUAUAAGAAAUGCACAAUACAACAAAAAUAUAAAUUUGUUCAUAUAAUUGAAAUAUCAGGCAAAAUGUGGUCCAUGUUAUCUUCAGUCCUGUGAUGGACAAGUUCUUAGAGUUAAUUGAUGGCCCUCGCUGAGUUUUAUCUUUUGGCUGCUUCCCUCCAAUUAUAUCUAAUACCCGAGUCUCUCUUUCCUAGUUCCUUUCAGUUGUCUUUGUUAGAACCAUCGCUCUCCAGAAAUAUUGCAAUUUACCAUUGCUCCGUCAUAUUUGGGGGUUCCUUAAGUGAAAGUGUCAGUUCUUUAAAUAAUCCGUAAGUAACUUCUUUUUGAGCUAUCUCUAGAAGGUCUUAAAAUUCUCUGUUUAUUGUUGGCAGGGAAUCACUGUGGUGGAGAGUGGAAUUGCAGGAAAAGUUGUAAGCUUUCUAGCCUAGAAAACUUAGGUCUUUGUUCCGUAUGACUACUACAUCACUUAAGAAGAAAAGGAGUGGGAUUCUAUUUUCUUUUUUAAUUGUUGCCAUGCUUUAAUCCUUCCAAAUGAUGUGCCAAUUAGAAAACAUUUCACCUCUUUCAAAAUAUCAGUGGUGUAUGAAGUGGAAGAGGAUAUAGAGAUUUUCAUUCAGUCAUGUGUUUAUUGACAUUUUUAUUGAAUACAUUGUCAUGCCCAGGUGUAUAAGCAGGUGCUGAGUAUAUAAAGAUGAACACGAAACCUUUUUAGGUUUGUUUUUUUUUUCAAAGAUUUUAUUUAUUUAUUUGACAGAGAGAAAUCACAAGUAGACAGGCAGGCAGAGAGAGAGAGAGAGAGAGAGAGAGAGAGGCUGAGCAGAGAGCCCGAUGCGGGACUCGAUCCCAGGACCCUGGGAUCAUGACCUGAGCCGAAGGCAGUGGCUUAACCCACUGAGCCACCUAGGCGCCCCAGCCUUUUUAGGUUUUAAAGAGCUUGCAAACUUAAUUGGAGGGACAGUGACAUAGAGUCGCAUGUUACACUGAGAUAAUUCCUACAAGUAUACCCAGGGUUCCAUGGGAAUAGCCCUGUAAGGCAGUGUGCCCUUGAGGGGCACCGUCUGAGAGCAAGAGUUCUUAGUUUAGGGGAGCAGGACUUUUGGGAAUCUGAUUAAAAACUGAAGGUGUUCAUGUUGGAGGUAGCUGUGGAUUAAAGUGUUGUUGUAACAUAACAGAAUUUUGCCUGAAUCAGGGAUCAUCUGCUAGACCUGUUCAUACCCCAUAAAGGAAGGUGCAGAGAGAAACGUAUAUGUGAAGAAGUUCAAACCAGAGCACUUGGUUCAGUGCAAAGGGGUCUAAAGUAACUUAAAUCAUGCAGUUUCGAAAUUCUUAUUGAUUGAAAAACUGGCCUUAUCGGUGAACCCAUAAAAUAAUUAUAUCCCAAACCGUUUUUUAUUUUAAUUUUUUUAAAGAUUUAUUUAUUUAUUUAUUUAUUUGAAUGAGAGAGCGGGAGUGAGCGCUAGUGGGGCGGGGGGCGGUGAAUGGGGGAAAGGAAGAGGAGAGAGAAUCUCAAGCAGACUCCCCACUGAGUGCAGAGCCCCAGGUAGGGCUCGAUCCCACAACCUGGAGAUCAUGACCUGAAUUGAAAUCAAGAGUUGGUUGCUUAACUGACUAAGCUACCCAGGCACCACUCCAAAACCCUUUUAGAAACAAAAGGAACAAAACAAGUUUGUUCUGAAAAUUAAAAUAAUAUAUCCAUGUAGGUUAAAGCAAAUAGUUUCCUUAAAUUGAUUAUCUGAAUGAUUUUAUCUAUUUUAUUGCAGUAAACAAUAACAUUAAAUUUAUGGUCUUAAUCACUUUUAAUUGUACAGUUUAGUAGUGUUAAGUAUAUGCACAUUGUUGUGCAACAGAUCUCUAGAAGUUUUUGAUAUUGCAAAACUGAAACUGUGCCCAUUAAACAUUAAAUCUCCCUCCUCCUCUCCUCUGCCUUUGCUCCACACUGAUAAUUCUCAGCAGUUAUUAUACGUAGGAAUCUCCUGAGGACUUCGUGGAGCAAUUUGCUGAUCCUAUGCCCCGCCCCAAAGAUUCUGAUCCAGUUGUUCUAGGUUCUGCCUUGGGCCUUGGCAAAGGUGUAAAAGUCCAGGUGAUUGUGAUGUAAAUCCAGGGUUGAGAGCUACCACUUUACUGGAAGCAGUGAAUUAACUUGACCAUUUCAGGGGGCAUAUCUUCACAGAUUUUUCUUUGUCAGUGCAUCUUUCUCUUAACAAUGUAAUAACCCAUUGUUUCUCAAGCUUUAGUGUACAUAUAAGUCACCUGGGGAUCUUGUUCAACUCUGCAUUGGGGUUCAGCAGGUCUAGGGUGGGGCCUGACGCUACAGGUCUAACGAGCACAGAGAUGAUGUUGAUGCUGCUGAUUCAUGGACGUCACUCGUGGUGGAGGGUGAUAAGCCACUCUAUCUUAUUGUCAAAGUCAAGGCUUGUAUGUUGGGGAAAAUUCAAGUUUUCAAAAUACAGUGUUGUUGUUAUUCCAUAUGUUCUCACAGUCUGUUGUGUUUUUUUGAGUGGUUAAAUACAAAGUGAUCUCUCUCUGCUGGCAUUGUGCUUCCAUUGAUAUAAAUUCUGCGCAGAAGUAUUGCCUUACCUUAUCUGUGUUCCAGCAUCUUUGAUGAUGAAGCGAAAACCAAAGGAUACAUAAGACUCUUACUUUCUUCUUUGACAUUUUCCAAUUUAGAUUAUCUUCCAUGCCUGAGGUCCAUAAUCAUUGUGGAAGGAUAUCUUCUCUUUAAUUCCUAAUAGUGAAAAUUACCCUGAACACUGAACAAUGGAAAGAUGAUGAUUGUACAGUGCCUAAGGGCACCCCUUAUUCAUUAGGACUUAUAGUGAAAGAAUACCCAACUCAAACCAAAUUUACCAGUGAAAGAGAUGUCCUGGUUAUAACUGGUGGGUGGUAUGCAGGCUUGAGUUGAUUUGGUUUAGCAGGUCAGCAGGAUAUCAGGGAUGUCUCAUCUUUGUUCUAAGGUUGGCUCCCCACACAGUACAGAAAGGCUGCAAGACUUCCAGAGUAUACAUCUGCACAUCACUCUAUCCAGAAAGAACUUACAGAGAGCAAGGAACCUUCUUUUCGAAAGGGAAAUCUUGCCUCGUGACUUACUGCCCACUUUAGUCACACAUUCAGUCCCACAAUGGUCUAUGGCCAUUUGAAUACCCUGUAUGGAUUGGCUUAGGCCUGGGUUAUGAGAAGGAGACAUUUCACUAUUUACUACUACUUAAACGUUUUUAUAUAAACAUUUGUUAAAGCUUGAAUUUGUGUUCCCCAAAAAGAUACAUUGACGUUCUAACUCCCCUCCCAUCCUGAUACCAUAGAGUGUGACUUUGUUUUCACAUCUGCAGUCACAUUGCAGACAUGAUUAGUUAAGUUGAGAUGAGAUCGUAGUAGGGUGGGUCCCUAAUCCAGUAUAACUGGUGUCUAUAACUUGCAAGAUGUGAAGACAUAGGAAGAAUGCAGUGUGACAACAUAGGCAGAGAUUGGAUUUAUGUAACUGCAAGCCAGGGGCUUCCAAGGAUUGUCAGUGAACCAUCAGAAGCUAAGGACUCCUCUACAGAUUUUAGAGGGAGCAUGAGCCUGCCUACUACUUGAUUACAGACUUCUAACUUCCAGAACUGUGAAACAAUAUGUUCUGUUCUAAGCCACUCGGUUUGUGACAUCUUGUUUUGGCAGCUCUAAGAAACUAAUACCAGACUUAUUAUCCAUUACAUUUGUUUUAAAAUUAAAAAAAAAAAAUCAUGGGUACUUUGGAGGAAGGUGGAUCGGUCAUUGUGAAGGCCAUGAAAAAAUAGCAAGAUGUUUGUAUAGGAGUAAAGGCAGAUGGUUGUUGGUGAUAAAGAUUUGGUCAGUCCGUCUUCCUAAAUCUUAAUUUUACUAAGUUUUUCCCCUCCAUUUUCAUUGCUACCCCUUCAUUCCAUGCUACCAUUAUUUCUCACCUGGAUUAUUUCAGCGCUUUCCAACUUGACUCCAGGGUUUUACUCUUGUUUCCUUCCAAUCCUGUUCUCCAAACAGUAAACAAUUGUCAAAGUACAAAUCUGAUCAGAAAAGCCCCUCAUCACCUUUCCAUUCUUUCAGUGUUCAUUCAGUAGCUUCCCAUGUUACUUUUAGAAUAAACUCAGAAUUUCUAUGUGGCAUGUUAGGAAUAUGGUGUAUCUAGCCUACCUCAUGCACUUAGCUAGGAUUCUCCUUCUGUUCCUGUGGACACUAAUCACUGACGUCCUAUCGUUUCUUCAAACACAGCAUUUGGCUUUCUACCUCAAACUGCGCAUGUGCUUUUCCUAUUACCUGUGCUGCUUUCUCUUCAGUCUUACUCUCCUUCACCUCACGUUCAGUCACCCUGCAGAUCUCAGUUCUUAAUUUGCUUCUUCAUGAACUCUAACUCUCCAGGACCAGGUCAAGUCCCCCUGUAUACAAUUUUGUAGUAUACUAUAUUUCUUUCCAGCGACUGUAAUUAUAAUUUAAUCACUAAGUAAUUAUAGGCAGGUACUGUGCUUAACUCCAGUUUGAAAUCAGGGCUGUUAGCUCCAAAAUGUAAAACCUCAUACUCUUAACUUCCUUACGGGCAAAGUCCAUUUUCUGUCUCAAUCAACUUUAUAUCCUGUCUAGCGUAGUACUAUGCAUGUAAUUGGUACUUAACUAAUAUUAGUGUAAUUUUUUAAAAAAGAAAACAUAAAUAAAUGAAAUGUAGUUGUAAGAAAUUUAAGUGAAGAGCCAA